AUGCUCUUCAUCAACACUAAGACAUUGAUGUCAACCCUUCUUGCUAUUAGCGCAAUUUCUACUGGGCUGUGCGCUCCUACCUCCAACUCUGUAGAUGCAAUCGCUGUCCGAGAGAUCUCCUCGACAGCUCCCCUCGACAUGGGUAUUGAUCUCUCCGACAAGGCUGGCGUAACUCGCGCAAUUACUCAGCGCGACGCCGCCAAUGAUGUCCAUCUCGCCAAACGCUACCUCAUCGGCUCUCCAUACCAGAAGCGAACGAUUCAAGUCGGCUUGAAGAAGGCUGUACACGGCCUUGCAGCGGGUACCACCUGGCUUUGGGAGAUCAGCUACAGAUACACCACCACCAACGGAGGCAAAGAAGGGCAUGUGGCUGGCAAUCUUGUUAAAGGCGACGGCUCAUUUGCUUGGGGCCCGUUCAAAAUCGACCAGAGUUUCGUCAACAGCGUCGAUGGCAUCGUGACAGCAACAUUCAACGCUGUUGUCGCAAGAACAAACGAGAAGAUUCAGUUUGUCCUGACUUGGGCUGAGGAGUUCACCUCCACAGGUGCAACUCUGGAGGAUCAUGGUAGAUCCAGCUUUUUUACUUACUUCUCUGCCAACGGCCGCCAGGAACGUUUGGGCCAGGAGUUUUUCGAGUACGGCUUUAAGCAGAGCUAG